AUGAAUGUGCUGACUAUGUUCCCCUCUCCCAAAACUUCACUCAAAAUGCAUGCAGCAAUACCCUUUCCCUCUCCCAAAACUACUAACAAAAUGCAUGCAACCAUGCUCUUCCCCUCUCCCAAUACUACACUCAAAAUGUCUCAUUAUAAAUACCAAACGCGCGCCACAAAAGUUAACAGAACCAUAACCGCUCAAAUGCACCCCAAACAACUUAACAGAACCAAAACCACUCAAACGCGCGCCAUAGAACUUAACAGAACCGAUACUGAAACAGAAAUCGACGAAACUGACCUCGAAGACGAAACCGUAUUGGGAAAAAACGAUGCCAUUCAAAUUGAGAAGGAGUUUCGAGAUGCGUUUAUGAAAAUGCUCGGUGAGAGACGAGCUCCUCAAAAAGAUCCGGUUACGGUUGAAAUAGCUAAACCAGCGCCGAAUCCUUGCUAUCCGAAUCCAGACGAAGAGGAGAUUAUGAACGCUUGUCCAAGGAAAGACAUUCCGAAUUUCAAAGAUUUGCUCGUGGAGGAGAAUCUGUAUUUAAAUAUAGAGGAAGGAGAUCAAGGAAAGUUGCCUUUGUUGAUUUUGAGCUUGAAGGAAACUGAUAAACAGAAAAAAAGACCUGCGGUUGUUUUCAAUCACGGUUCAGACACGUCUAAAGAAUAUAUGCGUCCAUUGCUAGAGGCAUAUGCUUCACGGGGAUAUAUAGCAAUUUCGGUUGAUGCUCGUUACCAUGGUGAACGAGCGAAGAACAAAGAUACCUAUAUAGAGUCUCUUGUUUCUGCAUGGAAAACCGGAGCCACAAUGCCAUUCAUAUUUGACACGGUUUGGGACUUGAUUAAAUUGGCAGAAUAUCUAAAAAACCAUAGACAAGAUAUAGACUCCUCUAGGAUAGGAAUCACAGGAAUAUCACUUGGAGGAAUGCAUUCAUGGUUUGCUGCAGCUGUUGAUCCUACCUAUUCAGUAGUUGUUCCUAUAAUUGGUGUUCAGGGAUUUCGAUGGGCCAUAGAGAACGAUAAGUGGCAAGGCCGAGUUGAGAGUAUAAAAAAAGUUUUUGAAGUGGCUAGUGAAGAUUUGGGUAAAAGUGAAAUUGACAAAGAAGUAGUGGAGAAGGUGUGGGACAGGAUUGCUCCUGGUUUAACCUCCAUUUUUGAUUCGCCCUACUCAAUUCCAUCUAUUGCACCCCGUCCUCUGUUUAUUCUCAAUGGUGAGGAAGAUCCCAGGUGUCCCCGUGCCGGUGUGAGAAAACUAAUGAGAAAUCUAAAGCGGAUGUAUAUAGCGUUUGGACACGAGAAAUUUAAGUAUUAUCAAGAACCUGAAACCGUGCAUCAAAUAACAAAAUUACAGAUGAGAAAGUCGGCUGAUUGGUUUGACCAUUUUCUAAAGCCUUAG